AUGAUCAACAUCGUUCUACCAACGGAAACACAAACCAACCAGCUACUUCAACAAAAGACCAUGGCUUCCGAUCCUCUACCGCGAUUACAUCGCUUCAUCGAGUUCAUCAACUCAGGCAACACAGACAUCGGCAAAGAAGUCAUAUCAGACUCGGCUAUCUUCCAUGUACCAUUCAGUCCUGAAUCCCUCAAAGGUUUAGAUGGCUAUCUCAGAAUUCUCGGGAUGAUGCGUGGCGCGUUCCCAGAUAUUAACUGGACACUACAAGAAACUGUAUGCGAAGGUGAUAAGAUAGUUGCACGUUUUGAAACCCGGGGCACGCACCAGGGUCCUUUCAUGGGUGUCCCCGCAUCUGGAAAGGAGAUAUGUAUGACUGCUCUCAACAUCUACUGUUUUGAAAACGGUAAGAUCGUGGAGGAGAGGGGACAGCCGGAUAUUUUUGGGUUAAUGGUUCAAAUUGGCGCUAUCCCUGUGCCAGGGCCUUGA